AUGACAGCAAUGACUUCGAUGACCAUAGUCGGACAUAAAGUAGAUGAUCUUCUCGAAAAACCAAUAAACAACGGGAAAAGUAUAGAACCAGAUGGUAAUGCAUGUUGGUUUCCACGUUCAAUACAAGAUCUUGAUAAAUGUCAUCAUUUAUCAACAAAAUAUCAACCAGAAUUAGAUAAGAAUCAUCCAGGUUUCUAUGACAAAGAAUAUGUAGAACGUCGCGAAAAAAUUGCUGAACUGGCCUUUGGGUAUAAACAUGGUGAUUUGAUACCAAGAGUAGAAUACACUUCAACUGAGAUAGAAACAUGGGGUACUGUAUAUCGACACUUGGUACAAUUGUAUCCAACACACGCAUGCAAACAACAUCGUGAUGUCUUCAGAAUGCUCGAAGAUGAAUGUGGUUUCAGUGAAUCGUCUAUACCACAAUUAGAAGAUGUGUCUCGAUUCAUGAAACGACGAUCGGGCUUUCAACUGAGACCAUGUGCAGGUUUGCUAUCGGCAAGAGAUUUUUUAGGUAGUCUGGCAUUUCGUGUAUUUCAAUGUACUCAGUAUAUAAGGCAUUCAUCAACACCAGUUUAUUCGCCCGAUCCAGAUGUUGCACACGAACUAUUGGGUCAUGUACCGUUAUUGAGCGAUCCAAAUUUUGCACAGUUUUCACAAGAAAUAGGUCUUGCAUCUCUUGGAGCUAGCGACGAAGAUAUACUUAAAUUGUCAACAUUGUAUUGGUUCACAGUUGAAAUGGGAUUAUGUCGUGAAAACGGACAAUUGAAAGUGUACGGCGCUGCUUUAUUGUCAUCUUAUGGUGAAUUGCAAUAUGCUCUGUCGAGUGAUAAACCAGAAAGGCACCUGUUUGAACCGGAGAAGACUGUACUUCUAGAAUACAGAGUUGAUGAAUAUCAAACGCAUUAUUUCAUUGCUGAAAGUUUUGAAGAUAUCAAAGGCAAAUUACGUCAAUACGUAAAUUCGUCGAUUAAACGUCCAUUUGAUAUAUUAUAUGAUCCAUAUACACAAUCACUGAACAUUCUAAACAAUGUUGAAACUAUCGAGGAUUCAAUUGUGAAAUUCAAAUUACAGAUAAAUAAUUUGGAAAAUGCACGCCGUCGUUUGGAAGAGGAAAAUAAUUACAACAAGCACAGCAAAGUGACGAAGAUUCCCGACGAAGCAAAAACUUAA